AUGGCUACCAAUUCCAUCUCAUCGAAGGGAGGGCGGCUUACAUUGAUUAAAAGUGUUCUGUCAAGUAUCCCGACCUAUUUUAUGUCUGUUCAUGUGAUCCUGGUCUCUGUAGCAAGGCGGAUUGAGCAAUUGCAAUGGGACUUUUUGUGGGGUGAUGGGGGUGCGGGUGGUCAUUAUCAUUUGGUGUCAUGGGAUCAGAUUUGUAUGUCUAAGGAGCAAGGGGGGUUGGGGGUUAGGAGGUUGGUCUUGUUUAAUUUGGCCUUGUUAGGGAAGUGGCUGUGGCGUUUCGUGGAGGAGAGGGAGCGGCUUUGGAGGCGGGUGGUGGUUGCUAAGUUUGGUGUGGAUAGGGGGGUGUUGGUGAGUGCUAUGAGGGUUGAGGAGGGGCAGUUGAGGGUGUGGAACGUGCAGUUGCGUCGUGAUGUCCAAGAUUGGGAGCUAGAUCAAUUAGUGGACCUCCUUGGUUUUUUAUAUGAUUUACAUCUUGGACAAGCGGAUAACGAUGCCUUGGUUUGGGAUUGUCCUAGGGCCAAAGGUAUUUUCACGGUGUCCUCGUUCUAUGGGGCGCUUGUUGAGGAUAAGUGUGUUUUUCAUGGCACCUUGGUUUAUCUGUGGAAGAGUGUUUGGGUGCCGGGUACGCCAUCCAAGGUUGCCUUCUUUGUGUGGACGGCGAGUUUGGGUCGUAUCUUGACCAUUGAUAAUUUGAUUCGUCGUGGGCAUAUUUUGGUGAAUUGGUGCUGCUUGUGCGGUCAGGUAGCGGAAUCGAUUGAUCAUUUGUUUAUUCAUUGUUCGGUCUCUUCUCGUCUUUGGAUGCUUGUGGUGGCAAUUUUUGCGAUGGUUUGGGUUCAACCGGGUUCUUUGUUUGUAGUUUUGCAGAGUUGGGUCGGGGGGAGCGUGGGGAAGAGGCGUCGAAAGGCUUGGAUUCUUGCCUUGCGCUAUUUACUGUGGCUGAUUUGGCUGGAGCGUAACAGGCGGGUGUUUCAUGGGGUGGCUCAUUCCAUCACUUGGUUAGAGAGGUGCCUUCUUACUGUUUUGUAUAGUUGGGUGACUGGAUUAGUAGAUCCAGAUGUGUUGGCUUUUACAGAUUUUGUGGAGAAUUUGAUUUGUUAG